GCAAAUUCUUGGGACUCAUGGCCCUGACCACUUGUCGCUGUCCUCCUAGGUGUGGGGGGGCCUGACCCUGAAGCAUACUCGCUAGGAAUCCUUUAAUUAAUGACUCACUUGCCCCUGGCCAAGCUAGAAUUUUCCUUUUCCCACCCCUUCAGCCCCAAGAAAUCCAGCUGAGCCACCUGGAGUGAGCCCGAGUCCCAUCCCCGAAGGCCAAGGACUGUCCACAACUUAAAGGUUGGAUUUGGUGCCAUGGAGGGACAGACCCCAGAAAGCAGAGGUCUUCCAGAAAAGCCCAACCCUGCCACCACCGCUGCCACUCUGUCCUCCAUGGGCGCUGUCUUCAUUCUCUUGAAGUCUGCGCUGGGAGCUGGCCUGCUCAACUUUCCCUGGGCCUUCUCCAAAGCGGGCGGCGUGGUUCCUGCCUUGCUGGUGGAACUGGUCUCCCUGGUUUUCCUGGUCAGCGGGCUGGUCAUCCUGGGCUAUGCUGCUGCUGUCAGUGGCCAGGCCACCUACCAGGGUGUGGUUAGGGGACUGUGUGGCCCCGCCAUCGGGAAGUUGUGUGAGGCCUGCUUCCUCGUCAACCUGCUCAUGAUCUCUGUGGCCUUCCUCAGGGUGAUCGGGGACCAGCUGGAAAAGCUGUGUGACUCCCUCCUGUCUGGCACACCGCCCGCUCCGCGGCCCUGGUACGCAGACCAGCGCUUUACCCUGCCCCUGCUCUCCGUGCUGGUCAUCCUGCCCCUGUCUGCCCCACGGGAGAUCGCCUUCCAGAAAUACACAAGCAUCCUAGGCACGCUGGCCGCCUGGUACCUGGCCCUGGUCAUCACAGUGCAGUACUACCUCUGGCCCCAGGGCCUCAUGCGUGAGCCCGGUCCUUCACUCAGCCCUGCCUCCUGGACCUCUAUGUUCAGCAUCUUCCCGACCAUCUGCUUCGGGUUUCAGUGUCACGAAGCCGCGGUCUCCAUCUACUGCAGUAUGCGCAAGCGGAGCCUGUCGCACUGGGCCCUGGUCUCCGUGCUAUCCUUGCUGGGCUGCUGCCUCAUCUAUUCACUGACCGGGGUUUAUGGCUUCCUGACCUUUGGGACAGAAGUUUCUGCUGACGUCUUGAUGUCCUACCCAGGCAACAACACGGUCAUCAUUGUGGCCCGGGUCCUUUUUGCUGUCUCCAUCGUAACUGUCUACCCCAUCGUGCUCUUCCUGGGCAGGUCGGUGAUGCAGGACUUCUGGAAGAGGAGCUGCUGGGGGGUGCGGGGGCCCAGGGCCCUGGCUGACCCCUCAGGGCUAUGGGUCCGGAUGCCACUGACCAUCCUGUGGGUCACUGUGACACUCUCCAUGGCGCUGUUUAUACCCGACCUCAGCGAGAUCGUCAGCAUCAUCGGAGGCAUCAGUUCCUUCUUUAUCUUCAUCUUCCCAGGUUUGUGCCUCAUCUGCGCAAUGGGCGUCGAGCCUGUAGGACCGAGAGUCAAGUGCUGCCUGGAGGUCUGGGGAGUGGUCUCUGUGCUGGUCGGCACCUUCAUCUUCGGACAGAGCACAGUGGCAGCAGUCUGGGAGAUGAUUUGAUGGGCUGUCAGCCCAGGCCAGGAAGGGACUGACCCCACGUGGCUGUGUGUGCAGUCAGGAGAUGGAUGUGGUUUCUUUUCAUCAUAAAGAUGCUGGAGAGACUGA